CUCGCUUUAUACCUAUCUUCUGGAUUCAAAACCUACUAAUUUGGGCAAUCCUUUGCAUUGGGUAAGAAAAUUGGUGCGUGUUUGCUUUAAUUAGUGGUUUAUAGGAGCACCACUACCAACAAAUAGAGAAUUCGUAGCUUACAUAAGGAAAACUAGACAAGCACCACAUGAGGUACUGGUUCCACAAUUAUUUUUGUGGCCAAAAUCUAUUAUUACAAUUGAUGAUCAUAGCUAACAUAACGAGUUCAAUCUCGUGGAUCAAACCAAAAACCCCUCCAUUGUCGAGGUCGUGCCGCCUUAUACCGUCAUGGGUUGUGCCAAGUACCGCCUUAGGGCUUGGAGCGUUAAAAGCAACCUAUUGUACUUGCAUUACGGAAGAUCAACAACAUGUAGGUGUCAAUGUAGCACAAUACUUUCACCAAAUGAAGUAUAGUUGUCUAACAUUUUUUUAUUGAAACGUUAAUUAUAUUUGGUGAAGUGUUGUGCUAUAUUUAGACGUCCUACAAAUUGAAACUCCCACUAUGCCUCCAGCGCAACUCAAUCUAGAACAAACAAGACAAUAAAACGAGGAGACUGUUAAACGACUUUUGGGCCAACAUUGAUUGUUAAUUUUGAUGAUUAGGUUAGGGUUUAGGGCUAUUACCUCCGUAUGGGGUGGACCCACUAUCGCAAGAAGAAGAAUAAUCUAGUAGAAAGUCAUAAUGGGUCAGGGCAGUGAAUGCAAUAGUGAUUAUCCUUCGGCGGCAAUCUCCACCUACUUAGGGUCUACGUCUUUCUUUUCUAGGUUUCAGUCACAAGAAGAACGUGGGAGAGAAUAAAGUAAAUAGGAGGAAAAGGCAGAGGAAAUGGGGGAGAGAAUAACGUAGAUGGGAGGAGAAAGUUGGAGGGUCGACUUAGAUGUAUUUGUUUAGGGUUAGAGCCACUUUGUUUAUAUAGUCGAACUUGUUAGCCUUUGCCCUUGAUGCUAUUAAAAAAUUACACACUCUGCCACUCAUUUUACCUUGUGAACGAGAAGAAGUGAAGAACACAACAUAUGAAACAAACUUGGGAAUUGUUAUUAUCGGCACUAUGAUUGAUCGUUUAAUAUAUUGUUUCUUAUUUGUUUUGGGUAGAAUUCAUUUUCUUGUUUGUAAAGUAAUUUCAUUAAAUCAUAAAACACAAUGGAUGUUGAAGUUGCAAUUAUAAAUGAUGUUGCUUAUUGAGUAAUAUAUUCGCGACAUGGCAACCUCCAUUGUUGUGAUUUUCUAUGUCAUGUUUGAAAAUAGAAAUAUAUCAUUAGGUCGAGACGAGUAUGGAAGAGCCAAGAUUGAUCGGCUCCUACAAUGUAUCUCUUGACUUUAUCUUUCACUUCAUUGUCUCUCGUGUCAUUGUAUGGAUUGAUUUCGAGGUCGCUUGGAAAUGUAAUCUCACAUUUCAUUGCAUUUUUUCCUAGUUAGGGUUUGUUUGGAGGUUGUGAUUCUUUAGAUUAAUGAAUUCUAUCAAUGUGUGCAGUCCAAAUUGAUGGUUUGCUUGACUAGUUGUAUUUGAAAAAUCACUUAUUUGGAGGUGUAGAUUGUGCUUUUCACUAGGGUUGGUAAUCGGGUAUCCGGUUAAUGGUUUAACCGGUUACCAAACUGAUAAUCGGCGGUUACCAGUUAACCAUUAACCGGCGGUAUCGAUAUAAGGUGGCCAAAAUCCAGCUGCCGGUAUACCGACCCAUGCUCGGUUAAAACCCGAUGGUUAUUGGUAAUACCAAGUAACCGAUAUAUCCUCCCCAAAUCCCAAACUUAUCCUUCUAUCACCCCGUUAGUAACCCCCAAACCCCAAUUCUCUCCAUCUCUCCCAGGAAGAAGUUCCCUCUGAAUCCGUAAUCCAUUAAUUCGAUCCUUCCAUUCUUUGUUGCCUCGGCCCCGUGAGCAGAUCGACCACCAUCCGUUCUCCGUCUUCUCUUCUCCCUCCGACCAGACCAACCACCACCGAGAUCUUUCACUGUCGGUCUAUCUCCGUCUUCUCCUCCUCCCUCCCUACUUGCAGCGACUGUUGCAGAAAUGGUGGCGGAGAUUCGAGACCCGGAGACCGCCAAUCUGGCUGGAGAAGUUUGGGACGGCAGAGGAACUGUCGGUCGGAGAUAUCAAUUGAGAGAGACAAAGACCAGCUACCUCCAUCGGGAGAAGAAUGACCAUCAUCGGCGCCUCACCACCCCUGCCUCCGCCAGAGUUACCAUUACCAUAUCCUCCUCACUCCCACCCCCAGAUACCGCCAAAACUCGAAAUCGAGAGAAGCCCAACUGCCGAAUUCCAUCUCCAAGACUAGAAGAGCCCAAAUCCCUAAACAGGGGCGAGCAAUUAGAGUUCAUGGAAGCGGAAUAAGAACAUGCAGUGAGUCCACGACUCUCCCCUAUCUCUCUCUCGAUCUCCACAAAACCACAACCCUCUCCAUUCUCUAAUCGACGCCCAACAAUGACCCGCCGUGACCCACCGUGGAAAGACAAUCGGCUGGAUUGAAGGCCACCUGGAUCUACAGAAACCCCAAAAAAUCCCUAAUCCGGCGGCGGCAACGGCUGGUGGUCAGAGCGGCGGAGAGAAAACUUGUGUGAUACCCGCAUGCGGUGGUGGCGGUAGGGAUGGGGAGAGGAGAUCGAGAAACAGGGGAGAGCUGGGAGAGGAGAUCGAGAGAGAGAGAGGAGGGUUGUGGAGAGGGAGAGGGAGAGAGAGGACGGGUCGAGAGAAAGAAAAUAGAGAGGUGGCGGAGAUGGUAGUCGGUACUCGGUAUAACCGGUUGGUAACCGGUAACUGUCUAUUCGGUAAUCGGUUACAAACUGGUAUUAGGGAUGGCAAACAAACCCAUGGCCACGGGUAUCCGACCGCCCCCGACCAAGUCAAUGCAGGGAAUCCUCGCAUUGACUGGGUAUGGGGUGGGUAUGGGUAAAACCCGCAAAAAGUUUGAUGGGUAUGGGGCGGGUAUGGUUUUAGCCUCCCCGCCCCAUACCCAUACCCGCCCCACCACAAAUAUUUCUUCAUAUAUGAAAAAUAUGUGUAUCAAUUUGUAACCUAUCAAUAACAACGAGUAUAACUCAAGAAAGAUAUAUGGUAGAAAUGCAAUUGAGUGGUCAUCCAAAUCAAAAUAUAUUUUUUUCUCUCAAUUUUCCAUUCACUCUUUCACUUUUUCCCCUUGUUAAGAGAUUAUGUUAGUUAUUAUUACUUAAUAGAUGUAUCAGAGUAGAGAAUAAUGAUUUGGAUGACAUUGUACUCUACUCUAAUAUGGAUUAAUGGAUGCUUUGAAUCGUAUUAUAAAUGAUUGUCUAUUUGCCGACUUCAUGAUAUAGUAGGUGAGUUUACUGUUACAAUUCAAAAUCUACAUGUAAAAUAUUCGGUAUUAUAGUGUUGGAUGUACGGGGCGGGUAUUACCCAAGGGUACCCGAAAUUCAUGGGUAUGGGUGAUGGGUUUGCAAAACCUUCCCCGCAUGGGUAUAGGGCGGGUAUGGGUAUAGAUAUUUGAAAGCGGGGAUGGGGAUAGUUUAGGCAAACCCGCCUCAUUGCCAUCCCUAACUGGUAUCGGUAUUCGGCCUCUUCCUCAUGGUAAGGUACAUGGUAAACAAUAUACCGUAAUCGGGUCGGUCGGUCGGUACAUGGUAAACGGUAUACCAUAAUCGGGUCGGUCGGUAACCGGUUAACCGACCGAUUACCACUCCUACUUUUCACAACCUCAAAACAACCCUUUAGUAAUGGACUAAAUAAUAUUUUGCACAAUACAAUGAUUUAUAGGGUCAAAGUGUGAAGGAAUGCAUGCAUUUUUUUAGGUAGGUGCCACCAACAAUCACAAAAGAGGAUGAAUUAUAUAAUUUCAAAUAAAAGAAGUUGAGAUUGUUGUGAUUGUUGAGUUUAGAUUUGUGUCCACUUUUUCGAUCCCUUUGUACCUCUAUUGUUUUUUUGUAUUAUACGAAGUAUUGAGGGUAAAUGUGACAUUUCCCUUUGAAAUAACUUUAUUCAAACCAA